AUGAAGACUCCUGGAGAUGAUGAGAUUGAUGUGGAAAGUGGAAAGUUGGAGAAAUACGGAGAAAAAACAAUAAAAAGUAACACAAUAGUUAAAGUACCCAACCGGGCCUUAUUAUCUGGCCUUGCUUAUUGCAUUUCUUCCUGUAGUAUGAUACUUGUAAACAAGUGUGUUCUUUCCAGCUAUGGUUUUAAUGCUGGGAUAUCUUUGAUGCUUUAUCAGAAUUUUGUGUCGGUGGUUGUUGUGUCUAUGUUGAGCAUUUUUGGUGUAAUAUCGACAGAACCACUUACUUGGAGAUUGAUUAAGGUCUGGUUACCGGUGAACGUUAUUUUUGUUGGGAUGCUAAUCACAAGUAUGUUUAGUCUGAAGUACAUUAAUGUCGCUAUGGUGACAGUCUUGAAGAACGUUACAAAUGUGAUGACAGCAGUUGGGGAAAUGUAUCUAUUCAAUAAGCACCAUGAUACCAGAGUCUGGACUGCUUUGUUCUUAAUGAUUAUUUCAGCAAUCUCUGGAGGAAUCACAGACCUAUCUUUUCAUGCUGUUGGCUAUAUAUGGCAGUUUAUUAAUUGUUUCUUGACAGCAUCAUAUUCUUGGUGCUCAGGGGGAUGGGGAGGAUUUCUUGAGGUUUAUUGA